CACCUAGUGUAUAUCCGUCAUUCAUGCAAGUCGAUUUCGUUGGUUCUGUGUGUUGAGCUUAGUAAAAGAACAUGGUGAUAGUGAUAUGAAACAAGUCUAUUAGCAAUACCACGCUCUACACAUAUAUACUUUCGCGAAGUAACGAUGAUAUUUGGUCACGAUCUCCCUACGUAAGUUUUGCGAACAUGCAGACUGAGGUAAAACUCAAAAAGUGUAAUUUGAAUGAUUAAUUAAAAGAUGCUGACCAAAUAAUAUUUAAAGAGAAAAACAAAUUAAUCAAGCUGAUUGCUAUUGCUAAGUAAAUACUAUGGGGGCACUUUUGGACACUCCAAAAACAGAUAAAUACAAUGAACAUGGCUCUGGCAAUGGAUUACAUUAUGGUGUUGCCAGCAUGCAAGGUUGGAGAAUGGAAAUGGAAGAUGCUCAUAGAGCAAUAACUGGUUUACAAGGUGGUCUAUCAGACUGGAGUUACUUUGCAGUAUUUGAUGGUCAUGCUGGAGCAUUAGUAUCAGCUCAUAGUGCGGAACACUUGUUAGAACGUAUCAUGCAAACGGAAGAGUUUAAAGCUGAAGAUGUACCUAAAGGAAUUCAUUCUGGUUUUCUUAGACUUGAUGAUGAAAUGAGAGAAUUACCAGAAAUGAAUUCUGGCACAGAAAAAUCUGGUUCUACAGUUGUUUGUGCAUUUAUAUCUCCCAGAAACAUAUAUAUUGCCAACUGUGGUGAUUCUCGAGCUGUACUUUGUCGAGCAGGAGAUCCAGUUUUUUCAACACGAGAUCAUAAGCCUGUUUUACCUGCUGAAAAAGAACGAAUCCAAAAUGCUGGUGGUAGUGUAAUGAUUCAAAGAGUUAAUGGAGCUUUAGCUGUGUCUCGUGCAUUGGGAGAUUAUGAGUACAAAAAUUUGAGAGAUCGAGGCCCCUGUGAACAGUUAGUGUCUCCAGAACCAGAAAUAUAUGUUCGAGAUAGAGACGAUGAACACGAUGAAUUUCUAGUUUUAGCAUGUGAUGGUAUUUGGGAUGUAAUGAACAACGAAGAUCUAUGUAAUUUUAUACAUUCAAGGCUGCUGCUUACAGAUGACCUGGAAGCAGUUACGAACCAGGUUAUAGACACCUGUCUGUAUAAGGGUAGCAGAGAUAAUAUGAGUAUAGUUUUGGUGACAUUUCCUGCUGCUCCAAAACCAAAUCCAGAAGCACAGAAAAAAGAAGCUGAGCUUGAAAUGGCCAUUGAAAGGAGAAUUAAAGAAAUAGUUGCUGAGCAAGAGGACAAAAAUGAAUUUGAUUUUUUGAAACUAUUACAACUUCUUGUGGACCAAGAGUUUCCUAAUCUUCCUCCUGGUGGUGGUCUUUCAGCUAAACAACCUUUCAUUGAACAAGUGUUUCGAGAAGUAUGUCCCAGCCGAGCGGAUAGUGUAAGUCUUGGAUACGAUUUCGCUUUGAUAUAACUAACCUUUGACCUUUUUGUAUACUGCAUCAAAUUACAAUUGUAAUCAUUAGACAUGUUCCAUAAUCAUAUAACGAUGCAGAUGCUAUCGGAAAUAUCUUUAUUUUAUUGAUCUCUUCUUAUGUAAAAAGAGAUUCAUUUUUAACUUGCAAGAGAAGUACACUGAUAUAUUAUAAAGUAAAUCUUACAUAAACUAAGUCUGCUACUAAACAUGUGCAGAUCUUACAUUCUUGCAGUGCGUUAUUGUUGGUAAAAAUAAAUUAGAGUUUAAAACUACAUAUAAAAAUCCUGAACUAUUAUACAUUCACCCAUUCAAAAAGAUAAAUAUACAAGUAAUUUUUCAAAUUUAUAAAUAAUUUUAGAUAUCCAAUGAUGAGAAAUGUUGAUUUUACUUUUGAAAUUAUUUAUUAAAAUUAUUUUUAGAAUUAUUUAUCUAUUAAUACAUUACAAAUUAAAUAACAUGAAAUUAAUUAAUAAUAUGAAAAAGUAAACGAAAUUUGUUUUAUGUUAUCACUUUUUUACAAAAAGAUAUUGUGGAUUGUGAAUUAGUUAACAAAUAUUCUACAACAUUGAAGAAUUGAAAAUUUAAAAGAAUGCAAAAAAUGAACUCAAAGUACAUCUUGCAGCUGAUUCUAUUGGUAUUGGUGGUUUUCAUAAUUAUCACUAUCUAUUGUUGGAUUUUAUAAAUUCUUCAUCCAAGGAGUAAAAAAUGUUUAUAUUACAGUUAUAAGCAGAGGAUUUUUAAGUAUUCUAUCGAGAAUAUAUACAAAUAUUUAUAUUCUAUGAAAAACUAGAUAAUGUGAAAAUUAUUGAAAGUUUUGUUAAUAUAAUAAAGUAUAAAUCAUUUACAUCAUUUCAAUACAUUUUAAAUUAAUCAUAUUCUAUUAAACAAGUUUUCAAAGUAAAAAAAUAACAUAUUUUUUAAUAGUAAUUUUUUAUAUUACUACCUUUUGUAAGUUUAAAUUAUUUCACAAAUCUAGUUUUCCAUUAAUAUUAACACUGGGUAGAAUAUUUAUAUCAUAUCCUCUUGCUAUGUUGAUAAAACUGCAUAAUAUUACUAUAAACAAUUAUAUAUUUUUGUAGCUCUAGACUUGCGCUCAGAAUAAUUACUUCUUAGAUCAGUUUUUCAUGCUCUUCCUUAAUAAAUUUUACGUAUAUUUAUAUAGCUGUUCAUUCUAUUUGAAAAGGUCCCAAAUUUUGUCAUGCGCUAGAAGAGUAGAAAAACUGAUCAUUUAGUUUUAGAAAUAUCAAUACUAUGUAUAUACAUAAAAAUUAUAUCCAGGAAAUUGUGUAUCAAUAUUUUAUUUAGAUCAUUUUAAAAAUCGAGCAGUAGGAAUGUAGUAAGGAGGCCUUGAUUUUAGUUUCUUAAGACAUUUGGAAUUGCAUUAUAUAUAUUUAAAUUUAGUAUUAAAUAUUACAUUUUUAAAGAAGUAUAAACAUUUAAAUUUAGGUUCAAAUUAUUUAAUUAAUUAAUUUCAAUAUAGCUAAAAUUUUAUGAUUGAAUAAAAACAAUAUUAGUUACAAAAAGUCAAUAUUAAAUAUUAUAUCACUUGUAAUGAAAAAAGGAAUAUAGAGAUCAUUAAGAUAUAGAUUUCAGAAUUCCUCGUAUAAACAUAAUGGAGGGCAAGUAAGUAUAGUACUUAAGAUAUAUUACUAUUGUAGUACAUUAUUUCUGAAGACAUUAAUGUAUUUGUACACAGAGACUUAAGUGGUUAAUGACA